AGCAUUUUAACAAUGACUCGAGAGGUUUUGGGUACCGUGAAAUGUGAAAGGAAAGAAAGAAAAUGAUAAGUGUGAGAAACCCAAUCGUUGAAGCCCAUGAAGCUUCCCUGAGAAACAUCAUAUGCUUCUGGAAUUAGAUACCAUAGUAUUUGUUUAAGCUGGUUACUGGAAAGUGAGGUUUUUUCAAGAAGAGGAAAGCUAAGAGCACUGAGCAAAAGGAGGCAUAUCACUAUAUAACUAUUAUAAAGUAUGGAAGAAGAAAAAGAACGAUAGAUAUAUAUAUAUUUUGGUUGAUGAGUAUGAAGAUGAUGCCAAAUAUGCAGGAGUUGUUAUUUAACCAAAUUGCAGGAACUUUUUGAAGAGAAUCCUGGAGAUGAGAGAAUAUAAAUAGCUAUUGGCUGGUGAAAGGAAAGCUUGUAAAGUAUCUUGUUGCCUAUUCUCGAGAUGAAGAGAGAGAUGGGAAGAUACAAAAUGAGUUUGUGUUUCAGUGACAAGAUGAGGAUAAACAGAGGAGCUCCACCUCCAGAUGUAGUUGCGGCGUUUGUAGAGUAUACGGAGGGCGGGAACCACAUGACGGCAGAGCAGCUGUAUCGGUUCUUGGUUCAGGUGCAGAAGGAGACCGAAGUGUUGGUUUCAGAUGCAGAGAAGAUCAUAGAAAGAAUCACAAGUGCAACACAUCAUAUCACUAAGUUCUUGAGGCAUACACUGAACCUAGAUGAUUUCUUCAGUUUCUUGUUCUCAGAUGAUCUGAAUCAUCCAAUUGUUAGUAAGGUGCAUCAAGACAUGGCAUCUCCCUUGUCUCACUAUUUCAUUUACACGAGCCAUAACUCCUAUCUUACUGGGAAUCAGAUCAACAGCGAAUGCAGCGAUGUACCUCUCAUUAAGGCGUUGAAGAGAGGUGUUCGAGCUCUUGAGCUUGACCUGUGGCCAAACUCUACAAAGGACGACAUACUUGUUCUCCAUGGCUGGGCAUGGACACCUCCAGUGGAACUGAUCAAAUGCUUGAGAUCUAUUAAAGAUCAUGCCUUUUCUGCAUCUGCAUACCCUGUGAUCUUAACUUUAGAAGAUCAUUUGACCCCACAUCUUCAAGCCAAAGCAGCCGAGAUGAUGAAAGAGACAUUCAUGGAUAUGGUGUAUUUUUCCGAGUCUGGCGAUUUAAGAGAGUUUCCUUCGCCGGAAGAUCUCAAGUACAAAGUUGUAAUAUCCACAAAGUUUCCCAAAGGGAACCUGAAUAAGGAAAAGGACUCCGAGUCAGAUGUAUCAGGAAAGGCAUCAUCAGAUGAUUCAGCCGACCAAGUAGGCGAUGAGAAGACUGAGAAAGGACCAAGCGAGGCUAAAAAUGAAGAGGGUGGAUUUGAUCAAGAAUCCAGAAACUUGGAUCUCCUCACCUACAGUCGCCUGAUAUUGAUUCCUUCCGGAAAUGCUAGAAAAGGGUUGAAGGAAGCACUAACGAUCGAUAAUGGUGGAAUAAGACGGCUGAGUUUGAGGGAGCAGAAGUUCAAGAAAGCCACUGAAAUGUAUGGAACCGAAGUCAUAGAGUUCACACAGAAGAAUCUAUUGAGGAUAUAUCCCAAAGCCACUCGAGUAACCUCCUCUAACUACAAGCCAUUCAGCGGUUGGAUGUACGGAGCUCAAAUGGUUGCUUGCAACAUGCAGGGCUACGGAAGAGCUCUAUGGAUGAUGCAUGGUAUGUUUCGAGGGAAUGGUGGAUGCGGGUACGUGAAAAAACCGGACUUUAUGAUGAACAAAGCUCAAAAUGGAGAAGUGUUUGACCCGAAAGCGAAACUACCGUUAAAGACAACUCUGAGAGUGAAAGUAUACAUGGGGAAAGGAUGGGACUCUUGUUUCCAGCGAGCAUGUUUCAACGCUUGGUCCUCUCCUAACUUCUACACAAGGGUGGGGAUAACAGGAGUGAGAGCUGAUAAGGUAAUGAAGAAAACGAAGAAAGAAGAAAACACUUGGGAGCCUUUUUGGGACGAGGAGUUUGAGUUUCAGCUUACGGUACCGGAGCUCGCGUUGCUCAGGGUUGAAGUUCACGACUACAACAUGCCAGAGAAGGACGAUUUCUCGGGACAGACAUGUUUGCCUGUGUCAGAGCUUAGACAGGGUAUACGUUCUGUUCCUUUGUAUGAUCGCAAAGGCGAGAGACUAGUUGCAGUUACACUUCUCAUGCGGUUUCAGUUUGUUUAAAAAACAGAGUUUUCUUUCUUCUUCCUCAUUUUAUCAGAUUGUAGCAGAGAAGCGUUUACCGCAGAUUAAAAAAUCAAUCAACACUAAUAACGUAUAUGUAUAAAUCAACACAAUAUCCGUACAUAUAAAUUAUAAGUAAUAACGAAUCAAAUAACUAUGGUUGGAUAUCUUUUUGGAAGCAAAUAGUAUAUGAGUUUAUUUGUGAUGUUGAGUUUUGCUUAACUGUUGACCGG